UUUUGUAGUUUGGGAUUAUUUUCCUCAAUGAACCAAUAAACAAGUAUAGUGUUUUGAACUCCUUUGUUCAACUGGGUUUUUUUCUAAAUCUAAUUUUAGGACUUGGGCGGAGAAUAGAUCACGUUUUCAGUCAUAUUUAUGCAGAAAUAUUGAAAAUUCAAAAGGGGUUACAAAACAAACAUCAUUGUAAGAUCUGGUUCUACACAUUAGAACUAUAACUAGGGAAAGAAAAACCCUGAAGAAAGCAGCGGCAAACUAUUCUCUUGAAAACUACAUGGAGGACUCCAUGAAAAAACCCAGGAACGCUGCCCAAUACAAGAGUUCACUCGUGCCCAACUCCUCAGCCAGCAAACACCCGACGGUCUAGGGAAGGAGUUCCGCUCGUCUUCCGUCAUCUCACUGCCUUUACGUCACUUCCCUCCCCGCCGUCCCAUGAUUGGCUCCACGAAGCCGGAUGCGAGGGCGGGCAAUCCCUCCCCGUUGCCGCAGUGACAGGACCCGAGCGCUCUUCGAGCGGGGAAAUGGCGGCGGCAUCGUCGUCGCGUCGCUCGCAGCCGCAUCAUCAUCAUCACCCCCCUCACCCUCCAAGUCAUCACUCCGUCCAGACGCCCGUAUCUCCGCCUCGCAGCCCCAGCCUUUCUCCCACCGGAGCUUCCCCUCAGCAGCGGCCCACUCUGGCCGGACUCGAGGGCGAGGCCCCUGCAAGCAGCGGGCGGGAAGGGACGGCGGUAACGGAGAGGCCUUUUUCUCCAGAGAGCGCCGGCGAAAACUCCGGGCCUCCGCCGCCGCCAGGCUCCGGGGCUAGCAGCGCCGCCACCAGCAGUAGCAGCUCCGGGUCUUCGUCGUCUUCGUCUUCCUCUGCUGCCUCCAGCCCGGCUGCUCCUGACAGCCCCGACCCACCCCCUCCGCCGUUGCAGCCGCUCCCUCCGUCCGUGGGAAGCGGCGCUUUUCGGGAGCUGCUCGAGGCCUGCCGCAAUGGGGACGUAACCCGGGUCAGGCGCCUGGUGGAUGCUACCAACGUCAACGCCAAAGACAUGGCCGGGCGGAAAUCCACCCCUUUGCACUUCGCGGCAGGUUUUGGAAGAAAAGACGUUGUGGAACACUUGUUACAGACAGGAGCUAAUGUCCAUGCUCGUGAUGAUGGUGGACUGAUACCUCUUCACAAUGCCUGUUCCUUUGGUCACGCUGAGGUAGUUAGCCUCUUGCUGUGUCAAGGAGCAGAACCAAAUGCCAGAGACAACUGGAACUAUACUCCUCUGCAUGAAGCUGCAAUCAAAGGCAAGAUAGAUGUGUGUAUUGUACUGCUGCAACAUGGAGCUGAUCCAAAUAUUCGGAAUACAGAUGGAAAAUCAGCUUUAGAUCUUGCAGAUCCUUCUGCAAAAGCUGUACUUACUGGUGAAUACAAGAAGGACGAACUCUUGGAAGCUGCUAGGAGUGGCAAUGAAGAAAAACUAAUGGCUUUAUUGACACCUUUAAAUGUGAAUUGCCAUGCAAGUGAUGGGCGAAAAUCUACCCCAUUACAUUUGGCUGCAGGAUAUAACAGAGUUCGUAUAGUCCAGCUUUUACUUCAGCAUGGUGCUGAUGUCCAUGCAAAAGAUAAAGGUGGACUUGUGCCUCUACACAAUGCAUGUUCCUAUGGACAUUAUGAAGUUACAGAAUUGCUGUUGAAGCAUGGAGCCUGUGUUAAUGCAAUGGAUCUCUGGCAGUUUACUCCAUUACAUGAAGCCGCUUCCAAGAAUCGUGUGGAAGUUUGUUCUCUAUUACUCAGCCAUGGUGCAGAUCCAACAUUAGUCAACUGUCAUGGCAAGAGUGCUGUGGAUAUGGCACCAACACCUGAGCUCAAAGAGAGGCUCACCUAUGAAUUCAAAGGACACUCCUUAUUACAAGCAGCAAGGGAAGCUGAUUUAGCCAAAGUCAAGAAAACACUUGCCUUGGAGGUCAUUAAUUUUAAGCAGCCACAAUCUCAUGAGACAGCACUGCACUGUGCUGUGUCUUCUCUUCACCCUAAACGGAAGCAAGUCACUGAAUUACUGCUUCGGAAAGGAGCCAAUGUCAAUGAAAAAAACAAGGAUUUCAUGACUCCUUUGCAUGUGGCUGCUGAACGAGCACACAAUGAUGUUAUGGAAGUCCUUCAUAAGCAUGGAGCAAAGAUGAAUGCACUGGACACCCUUGGACAGACUCCUUUGCACAGAGCUGCUUUGGCAGGUCACUUGCAGACAUGCCGCCUCCUGUUGAAUUAUGGUUCCGACCCCUCCAUCAUCUCCUUACAAGGUUUCACAGCAGCACAAAUGGGCAAUGAAGCAGUGCAGCAGAUACUGAAUGAAAAUACUCCAAUACAUACCUCUGAUGUAGAUUAUAGACUGUUGGAAGCAUCUAAAGCUGGAGAUUUAGAAACUGUAAAGCAACUAUGCAGUUCGCAGAAUGUGAAUUGUAGAGAUUUGGAGGGACGUCAUUCAACCCCAUUGCACUUUGCUGCAGGUUACAAUCGAGUUUCAGUAGUUGAAUACUUGCUUCAUCAUGGAGCAGAUGUACAUGCAAAGGAUAAAGGUGGAUUAGUACCUCUACAUAACGCUUGUUCGUAUGGACACUAUGAAGUUGCAGAGUUAUUAGUGCGACAUGGAGCUUCUGUCAACGUUGCUGAUUUAUGGAAGUUUACACCACUACAUGAAGCAGCAGCAAAGGGAAAAUAUGAAAUCUGCAAGCUCCUCCUCAAACACGGAGCGGAUCCAACCAAGAAGAACAGAGAUGGCAACACUCCUCUAGACUUGGUGAAAGAGGGAGACACUGAUAUCCAGGACCUGCUGCGAGGUGACGCUGCGCUGCUGGAUGCUGCUAAAAAGGGUUGCCUGGCACGGGUUCAGAAAUUAUGCUCUCCAGAAAACAUCAAUUGCCGUGACACCCAGGGACGAAACUCCACCCCAUUACAUCUUGCUGCUGGUUACAAUAAUUUAGAAGUUGCUGAGUAUCUUCUAGAACAUGGUGCUGAUGUUAACGCUCAAGACAAGGGAGGAUUAAUUCCACUACAUAAUGCAGCAUCCUAUGGGCAUGUGGAUAUAGCAGCUCUAUUGAUUAAAUAUAAUACCUGUGUAAAUGCUACAGAUAAAUGGGCAUUUACACCAUUGCAUGAAGCAGCACAAAAAGGAAGGACGCAACUCUGUGCUCUACUUCUAGCUCAUGGAGCAGAUCCAACAAUGAAGAAUCAAGAAGGCCAGACACCUUUGGAUCUUGCCACAGCUGACGAUAUCAGAGCUUUGCUUACUGAUGCAAUGCCUCCUGAAGCCUUGCCAACAUGCUUUAAACCUCAAGCCACUGUUGUUAGUGCCUCAGUCAUUUCACCAGCAUCCACCCCAUCCUGUCUGUCUGCUGCCAGCAGUAUAGAUAACCUUGCAGGACCUCUGGCUGAAAUUGCAGUGGCCGGCGCAUCUAAUGCUGGAGAUGGAGCAACAGGAACAGAGAGGAAAGAAGGAGAAGUUGUUGGUCUUGACAUGAAUAUCAGCCAGUUCUUGAAAAGCUUGGGUCUGGAGCAUCUCCGGGAUAUAUUCGAAACGGAACAGAUUACCUUGGAUGUCCUAGCAGACAUGGGUCAUGAGGAGUUGAAAGAAAUUGGCAUCAAUGCCUAUGGGCAUCGUCAUAAGUUAAUAAAAGGUGUAGAGAGGCUUCUAGGUGGGCAACAGGGCACCAAUCCUUAUCUGACUUUUCACUGUGUCAGCCAAGGGACAAUUCUUAUAGAUCUUGCUCCUGAUGAUAAAGAAUACCAAUCUGUAGAAGAGGAGAUGCAGAGCACCAUCAGGGAACACAGAGAUGGUGGUAAUGCUGGGGGAAUCUUCAACAGGUAUAAUGUCAUUAGGAUUCAAAAGGUUGUGAAUAAAAAACUAAGGGAAAGAUUUUGUCAUCGUCAGAAAGAAGUCUCAGAAGAAAACCAUAAUCAUCACAAUGAACGCAUGUUAUUUCAUGGCUCUCCUUUUAUUAAUGCUAUUAUCCAUAAAGGAUUUGAUGAAAGGCAUGCUUACAUUGGAGGGAUGUUUGGAGCUGGGAUUUACUUUGCAGAAAAUUCCUCCAAAAGUAACCAAUACGUAUAUGGAAUUGGAGGAGGCACAGGCUGUCCUACGCACAAAGAUAGGUCCUGCUAUAUCUGCCACAGACAAAUGCUUUUUUGCCGUGUGACAUUGGGAAAGUCCUUCUUGCAGUUUAGUACCAUGAAAAUGGCCCACGCCCCUCCAGGGCAUCACUCUGUCAUUGGCAGGCCAAGUGUCAAUGGACUCGCCUAUGCUGAGUAUGUCAUCUAUAGGGGGGAACAGGCUUACCCCGAGUAUCUCAUUACAUACCAAAUUGUAAAGCCAGAUACUCCUUCACAGACAGCGGUGGCUGCGGAACAGAAGACCUAGUAGAUGCUGGUUCAUUGAAGUAGAUUACGUGACUUAUGUACUGGAUGGUUGAGAUUAGUUUCAAAACAUCAACAUUCUAUGGAAUUCUCAUCAUUCUGGAACUGCUUUAUGUGUUUUAUAAAGCAUUGCUCUGUAAAUGAAUCUGAGUACCUGAUCUGUACUCAGUUGCUACUAUUCCUUUUGAGGAAAUGUUUACGAAGAUUUGCCUUUUAACAUCCUUUCUCAGGCUCACUUUCCCUGCAGUUGCCAUGGGUGUAAUGAGAGCAUCACUGCUUCAGUAUGGAUAUAUGGAAACGUAGUUUGUAGUGCUGCGCUACAACUCCUUUGAAAGAACAGCAGCGAAUUCUGAUGCAACAGCUGUAGUGAAGUGCAGAGCUUCUAUUGAACCCAUGCCAUCCCCUCAGCAUUCAAGGCUGUUUUUUCUUUUUAGAAGUCUUUAGUCAGUUAUUUAUUUUCACUUUAUUCUUCUGUUACAAAAAUGAGCCAGACCCUCCUUGAGGAUGUUUUUGCACAAAGUCAAGUUGACUAAAAUCACUUAACAAUGCAAUAGGAAUUUCUUAUCCAAGAAGGUGUUAGAGAUACAGUUCUUUGGUCUGGGAUUCUUUUUGCACUUUUAUGAACUCUUUCAUGUUGCUAGGAACAUAAUUUUAAGGUAGAAGCCCUGCUUUAUUCCUACCAAGUUUCUCUUUCUUUAUAAGGUGUUCAUACUAUAGCAUCCAUGUAGCAGUUUCUUUGGAAAAUGGUCUCUGUUCCUCUGUUUUGCUUCCUCGUGUCUAAUAUUCCAGUAUCACGGUUUGAAAUGUGUCUUAAUAAAAUGCAUAGGAAAUACUUGUUGGAUGAAACUGUAUAGACACAGGAUCCCAGUUUUCUCUCUGCCCUUGCUCAAGUGAAGUUGUAAACAAGUUAGUGAAAUUCCUCAAGGUCAAUUGAACUUGAUAUCUUCUGUUGGUAUUUGUUCUGGGGCUUUUUAAAAAUAUUUUCAUCAGAUAAUGAACAGCAAGGGAGCAGAGCUGUGAGUUAGAAGCCUAGUCUAAUUCUACAUGUAUGAGUAUAGUCCAAAAGGACCAUUUUUUUUUCACAAAGGGCCUAUUAGACUAUAAAAAUUGAGUGUAGAGCUUGCUUGAAGCCCUUUUUCCUUCAACAAGAAUAACUCUUUAUAUUAUGUCUGGAUUCAUUCAUAGGUUGAACACCAUGCAAAUAUCCUCCCAACACCUUAUACUCCCCUCCCAGUAGACUAAUUAGACCAGUUAGGCUGGUUAUAUUAAGGAGUUUAUAUAUAUAUUUGUAUUAUUGCAGAAGACUGCUACUUAGUUUCUAAUUGAUUUCUAUCCAUUAAACUCAUUCCCCCCCUGAUUUUCUUUGUGGCAAUUCCACUUACAUAUCACCUUGUCAUCAUCAUUAAUAUCAAAAAUCUACCAAUAAAAACAAUCUCCCUCCCACCCACCCCCUACCCCCCAAAACCCAUCAUUUUCAAACCGAUGACUUUCAGGGAAAAGUAGUAGUAGAGAUCUAUAAGUAAAAUAUAUAAUGGAGAGAGACGGCAAUAUUGCUUUGCAAAACUUUUGGUAAUUAAAACAGCCAAAGAAAAUUGGCUUGCAAUAUGGUUCUUAUGUGGGCAUUUUUUUAAUUCCUUGAAAGUAAAGGUAUUAUAGUAUGAAAUCUACUGGCAUCUGCUUGGAAAUGGGCAACGGUCUUACCUGAUGAACAAAGCCACCACCAAAAAUCUUCCUCCAAAGAUAUUUCUAAUAUAUAUUAGAAAAAUAUAUCGAAUGCAUAUUGGAAUGAUGUACGGUUUACAAAAAAAAGUCAUGUAAACAUUUGUCAGAUUCAGUAUUUGAUCCAGGAGACAAAACAAGGUAACUUGCUGUGAAUCUUUCAGUUGUGCUUCUGUUGUUUGAGGUGACUCAGUCUGCCUGGGUUUCUCAGCAUGUGAUGACAUAAGGCCCAAACUCACCAAGAUCUAAAAUAAAUAUCUUAAGUUUGGAAAGGAUCCAGAUGAUGAACAUUCACUUAGAAACCUCUGUUUUUAAGCACAGCUCCGGGCAAAGUGCUAACUAUGGUUGAAUUGCAAAUAGAUGUGAAAAAUCUACAUUUUGACAACUUCACGUGGAUACGAAUUAGGACUCGGCUGUUUUUCAUAUUUAAUUCAAAUGGUUAACAUGGAUGUGGAAGCCUAAUGUUCUUUUUCUCCAGUAAGAGAGAAUAUUGAUUCUGUGCUUGUCUUUUUCCUCCAGUGUGAUGGUUAAUCUAAUGAGUAAUUUAAAUCCUAAAUUCUGAGAAUCUGAAAUUGCUCCUGUUUUAUAACAUGUUUCGUGUAGACUAAAAGGUGCUGUCCAAGGAAUUCCAUUUUCAGGAAUUCCAUUGUCUUGUAGUAAUGUGAUUUUUGUUACUCCUUUCUGGUCAGACUUUGAAAAAUGGUGAUCUAAAAAUCUAAUAAGGGGCAUCCUAAAAAAAAAAUUGCACACAUAGCAUUUAAUGUCAUUCAGUUAAUGUUCCCACAUGCAGGAGUUGAGAGUUGCUGCAAAGGACUUGUACACUUGAUUCUGAACUAUAUUUCUUUGGCAUAAGACUUAAACUAAUAUAUUCAGUAGAUUAUCUCUCAAUAUGUUCUGAAUAGAAAACCUGAAAAGUGAUUUGGUCAUAUGUGUGCCACAGUCUUCAAAGUAACAAAAGUGGUGUUAGCCUUAAAUAAAUUACAUUUGGGGCUUUCUUCAACCCACUGGUGUAAAAAAUCCCAACCACAUCAAGAGAUAAUAAGAUGCCAUAAAUAUGGUGCCAUUCAUUGGUCUUGUCCCACUCUGAGAAAUAUGUAUAGGUUGAGACUUUUUCAGACAUUAAAUGUAACAGGCUUAAUGUCACAAUACAGUGUUGGAUAUAACCAUAGAGCAUUAUCUACGUGGGCUUGAUUCUAGCACUUGUAACCAUAAUUAGGAAUUUUAAGCAUCCUGAUCAUUUGUGAAGGUUACACCUAGUACAAAUAGCAGUAAAUCUGCUUACAGUAACAUUUAGUUUUGAAAGGGAUUCUACAGCCAAUUCAUUGAUGAAUAUGUUUAUAUAAUGUAUGUAUUUGCAACAACACAUUUGUUGUAUUACAUGUUUAGGUACAUACCUAUAAAUAUAAAUUGGUGAAUAAUCUGUUGAGCAUUUUUUUUUAAAUUACAGUCCUGGGAGUUGGGAAAUGGGGUUUACAGCUAUGAUAAUGUUUUUGGCUAUUUUUGAUUGGCCUAAUGUCACAUGCCAUUGUGAGGAGAGGGGGAAAGGAGGCGAGAUUGGGUAUGCUAAUAGCUACUUUAUGCUUUAUUUAUUGCUGCAAUUUGCAAAAAAGAAAUAGAUGUAGAAUUUGGCUUUUUCUCUAAGAUAACCAUUUCAUAGAAGAAACAAAGGAUGGAGUGGUCUCAUAGUUGCUCUCUCAGCAGACAGUCAUAGAAACUGGGGGAUAGAAAUGGAAUAAAGAGGUUUUUAAAAUAGCCAUCAAUUAAAAAAUACAGCAUAUUUUAAAAUUUCCAUCCAUUAAAGCCUAUGGAUUCUCUGAAUACAUUAUUCAUAGCUCUAAAGUGCAAAAUAUAUUACAGCUUUGUUUAGAAGUCCCAACCAAUUCAAAGAUGGUACUUUAUGAAUAUAAUCUCUUAGACUAUUUUUAUGCAGUGUCCAAACCAUGGGAUAUUUGGUUUCAAGGGUUUUGCAUGUUUUUGAUUUAAAUAAGGUUCAAUCUUUGUCCACAAACCUGGAAAAUCUUGGGAAUGGUCAUUUUUAUUGUAGUGUAAUCCUCAGCAUUCUUGAAUGUCUGACAUUUCAUCGUGGAUUGCUGUCUGCCACGGUGAUAUUCCAGUAGUAAUAGUUUUUUUUUUUCCUUCUGGGACCAUUAUCUGUCAAUGUCGGAAAUGACAAAUGACAAUAUUAAACAGAUACGAGAGAAGAUUUUAUUUUCCAAAGAUGGGCAAAUGCUGUUUUUAGAAUGAAGAGGCAGAAUUUCCAGAUUGGAAUCUCCAGCAGUUUCAUUGGAGAUCUAUGAGCUGAUAUAAUGAAUGGUUGUAGUGUGCAGACUUGAAUUGGGGUGGAUAUUCAGACCAAUUACUGCAGCUGUGUGUUCUGCAAUUUUAUCCAUUGUAGGCCAAGCAGCAGUUCCAAGAAGGCAAUUUUGAGUUAGGAAAUGUCACAAAGAGAACAAUUUGAAGGAUUUCCCCUACUUGCAAAAUGAAAAACUGGAGUGUUAGUUCAUGAUCUUCCAUGAUACAUGUUUCCGCCCUUAAAGAAUCAAUUGAAUAAAUGCAGGGAUGACUCAACCAGUAGAUAGAAGAUUGAGAUUUAAAGGACAACAAAUCACCAGCUAUUUGUUUUCUCUCAUUACGGUGGGAGAAUUUUCUGCCCUAGGCAGCAAAACAUUUUCAAUUCCAUCUGCCUAUUAAAAUACUAAAUUUUGUCACUGAAAAAUUUGAUUUUUACAUAUGCCUUUAACUUGAUGUACAUGCAUGACGUCCUGAUAUCUCUUAUUUUAAUACUAUUUUCUUAGCUCUUUCCUCCAAGUCACAACUGUAUAUUAUUGUAUCCUGGUGUGACUAAGACACAACUACAUAAAUAAUGAGCCAAAUGCAGUCUGUCGAAGCAUGUUCUUAUGGCAGCAUAAAGCAUAUACAAAAAUGUACCAUUUGAACUCUAGUUGCUGUUUACAAGAAUGAAGCCAACAUGCAAAGUCCACUACUGGAUUCCAUCACCUUGAAGGCCUGACUACACAACUGCAAUGAUUCUUGUGAUCCAAAGUUCUUCAUGGGUAGCAUCUGUGUAUGGGGUAUUGUAAAUGUGGACCAAGCCACUGAGUUUGCUAUCUGCGACCACCCUUAAUGCUGAUUUGUCUUGCAACUAUGUAUGGUAGUUCAUGAGGUUGCAAUCUAAUAUGGAAGAGUUAACAUUUCUAAUAUUUCCAUACACUACAUCAGGGGUCCUCAACCUUGGCAACUUUAAGACUUGUGGACUUCAGCUCUCAGAAUUCUGAGAGUUGAAGUCCACAAGUCUUAAAGUUGCCAGGAUUGGAGACCCUUGCACUACAUGAUUGCAGCCUCUUAUGGGAAAGUAUAACAAAGCAUUCCACCACCAACUGUCCAGCUGAUUCUUUUUAAACAAGGAUAUAAACUAUGUCUGCAAAAGAAACUUCAUUUUUUCUGGAGACCUUAUUUUCAGAAUUCAAAUACAACCGUAAACCAUAAUGAGGUUUGUUUGUUUUUAAAUUACUGUAACACAAAACAUAAACUCAUCAACCAUGGUUCAUUUCUUCGGUGCAUUCAUAUAGUGUUCUAAAACUAAGAGUAUAUCUUCAGCAUUUUCUAAUAACUUCUCAGUAUUUUUCAGCCAAUAGAAAAAAGAUUUACAUAUGCUGUACUUUUUUUUCAUAGCUAUGGAAAAAUAUGGAAUAGAAUUGGAACUGCCUGUCUUCCUAAUGGUUGAAUCUCCAUUAAAACAUAAGUUUGUAGAUUACAAAUAUUUUAGUGAGAGCAAAACAAUCAGAAUUUCUUGAUUUGAAAACAGAGCUUUGGUGGUACUUGUUUCUUGGGUACCCCCCCAUGCCAAAAUUAUAUCAAAUUAUUAAAAAAAUAGAUAAAACAGUAACAAUUGGUUAUGUAGAAUAGAAUAGAAUCAUGUAUAUUUGUUCUAUUUAUACAAUUUAUACUUGGUGCCAGAUGUUAAUAAGGAAAAUGAAUAAUACAUAAUUGUGGCUUGCACAAGAAUUUUGUGAUGUAGUUUCCUUCAUGCUUUAUUAGAUGGGAGAAACAUGAGGCAUACUAAAUAAUUGAGAACAGUUUUCAAAAAAGUAGCUGUACAACAUCUAUUGUAUCAAAGCAAAGUCUUGUAGCAGCUUAAAGGCUAACAAAUAAUUAUAGCAUUUGCUUGUUUUUGGAGCAGAAAUGUUCCCUAAAAGUUUGUGCCCUAAUGUAAGGCAUAUUUUCCUCUUCCUGUCUUCCAUUCAUGUUUCUUUUAGUCUGUAGGUUUGAAGAAAAAAAAAGACAAAAUAUGCAUCUAAACAAAAAUAUGUGUAUACCACUACCAUUUUGUAAUUUAUUAAUCAUAAAAUAGAUGUUUUUGUGUACUGGUUCUGCGGAAAAAUAGUUACUGGUAAAAGGUUUUAAAGGCUUGUUUAUAGUGCAAUUUCAACAAUAUUUUUUAAUUUAUUUGUAAUGCCUUCAAGACUUCCAGCAAGUUUUCAGAAUUGGUGACUUUGUUUAUAUAGAUUGAUGGCUACUGCAAAAAAAAACCCCACCCUCUUUAAAUCAUUUUGGCACCUCAUUUAUUUUCAUAGGCAUUAAAAUACUAGCUUUGCAUUUUGAGAAUAAUCUUGUGUAACUUGCUUGCAUAGCUAGCCUUGUAUUCUUGAUUUCUUUUGGCAAUAGAAAAACAUGAAGUCUUGGUAUGGUUUCUUCAUUGUCUGUGAGUUGGAGUUGGUUAUUUCCCUUUUUUUUCUUAAGAGUUAGGUUCUCUUAAUUUACCAGUGUGAUGGAAUUUUGCAAAAAGCCAAUGUAACAACUGAGUUAGCUUUUGUGCUUUCACUUAAUGUCAGACAUAUAGUACUUGUGACAGAAAAGAAUCAAUAAACACUCCUUUUUUAAUACUUGAA